UCUGUGGUUGAUUGGAGAGUUUUGUGUUUAUUUUUUCUUGUGAAAUUGCUGUUUUCUCAUGGAUUCUGUGGAUAAUGCUCUGUUGGAUGAUUCCUUUGAUGCUGAACUCCUGCAAGUGGAUGCCCCAACAGAUCCUAAAGUGGCAAAACUAAGUCAGGAACGUCAAGAGGAUGUGAAUGUUCCUGGACCAUCACAGGCUCCUGCGGCGCCAAAGGAGAAAAUUGAGGUUAAGGCUAAUGUAGUCAACAAAAAUCACUGUAUCCUGGUCCAUCCGAAGCAGAGAGGUAAUCCUCUGCUCAGGAGUAUUGUCAAUGUGCCCUGGGAAUAUGAUGACAUAGUUCCGGACUACAUUGUCGGGCGGACUUCGUGUGUUCUAUUCCUGUCCCUGAAGUAUCACAAUCUCAAUCCGGAUUACAUCCAUGGAAGGAUCAAGAAGCUGGGAAAUAUGUUUCAGUUGAGGGUUUUACUCGCCCAAGUGGAUCUCAGAGAACCGCAUGGAGCCCUCAAGAACAUCACCAGAGUUUGCUUGCUCACGGAUCUGACCCUCAUGUUGGCAUGGUCUCCAGAAGAAGCAGGCAAGAUCAUAGAAUCAUACAAAAUGUUUGAGAAUCGUUCGUCGGAUUGGAUCAAAGAGCGUCCGGCAGAUGAUCCUCAUACCAAGCUUCUGACUGCCCUAAGUAGCAUAAAGCACAUAAAUAAAACCGAUUCAAUGACCCUGCUGCAAAACUUCGGGACACUCGAGAAUAUCAUGAAGAGUUCCGAGGAGCGUCUUGUCAGCUGCCCAGGACUCGGUCCGCGCAAAGCCAAGAAACUCUACAAAUUAUUCCACGAGCCCUUCUGCAAUUGAUGAUCAGCGUGACAGUCUCAAUAAAUUACUUCAAGAUGUGCACAAAAGAGAAUGGAUUAAGAGUCCCUUUCGCGAGAUGCACGAGCCAUUGAUUGGCGGCAAUUGUUAAGAGUACACUCUGUGCAGAAAAUGAGUUGGGAGAGCAAUGGGCAAUCUUGAAAAAAAGAUUGCUGAUGUCAUGUUUAAUUUAAGCAGGCGGGGGGUGGGUUGAGGUGAACAAAAGACAUUUGAAUUGACUACAGGAAGCUCAAGAGUGAUUUUUUAAGUGACCACCAGACUAAGAGCAUCGGUCAAUGAUUCUUCCCUUUGUCCUGUCCACGUACUUAGGCACGAAGCACUGGGAGAUAUUGAUGAUGGAAAAUGCAAGGAGAAUGGGAGGUGAAAGAGAAAUAACGAAUGAUUUAAGUCAAAUCCGAAGGUAUUACAAUAAAAAGUAGAUCUCGCGAGUGCGUCUCAUGCUGCAAUGCCAAGACGAAAUUGGGGGUUAUUGGCUAAGGGAACUCUGAAAGGUAGGUAAUUUAUUGAAUUUCAUAUCUAAUAACAUCAAUUUUCUACUUGUUUUCUUUUGCUACUGACAUGCUCAAGAAUUUAUUUAUACCACAUGCUGCUUCCAAUUCUUAUUCUUCAACAUUUCUACAAUGGGCUUUUGUCUCAAAAUGUCCAAAAUUCAACUGAAAUAAGCAAUAAUGGAAAAUAAUAAUAUUUCUGCAUUAAUUUUAAUGAAAAGGCGACAAAGGCAUUGUUGAAAAUUCAUGAAACAUUGAAUGUGAAACAUGAAACAUGUUUUUUAGGAAAUCAGUAAAAUUAAAAUUACAAAAUUUCA